CUAUAAGCACAGAAUAGCCAUCAAAACUGGCCAAUCUGAUUCGCUUAUUUUGAAAGAGAGGCAAAUCUGCAAAAUUGGAAUUUAAACUUUCGCGCAAUAAAAAAAAUAAUAAACCUUGCUUAAUAACAACAGCGGUAGUGAUUCUAAAAAAAAUGAAUUCAACAUUCCCUAUUUUAUUUAAUUCAAAGUUAAUUUUUGAAGAUAAAAAUGUUAUUCAAUUGCGAGCAUCAAUUAAAUCAGAAGAUGAAGCGAACCAAUGGGUAGAAGAAUAUGGACAUAAAACGCACACUAGAUGGCUAAAGUCAUACAAGCUGAAUGAACCUACAAGGCUUGUGGCACAUAGAAAAUAUCAAUGUCAACAUUCAAAACUAAAUAAAGAAAUUAAAUCAAGGAAAAACACAUACUGUGUAGCUGAAAUUGAUAUCAAAAUCAAAAAAGUAAAUGCAAAUACUAAGAAAAAUGAUCAAUAUCUAAAAGAAGAACCUCCCCUUAGUGGAGUUAUAGUAGUUCAUAAAAACCAUAACCUUAACAUUGAAUGUGCAGAUUCGAUGAAAUACUUACCAGUGUCAUCAGUUACAAAAAAACUUUUUUAUAACUAUUUUAACAGUGGAUUAAGUCCAGCUCAAGCAAAACGUAUACACACAGAUAACUUUAUUUAUCAUGAAAAUGGCUCCUUUCUUUUGGCAGAUGCCUCACUUAAUCCUUUAUCACGUACAAUUUAUUAUUUAUACAAUUUAUGGCAAGAAAAACAUUUUGCUCUUAAAAAUCCUUUAGAGAUGUUAAAGAAUAAAAGAAAUGUAUACUUAGAAUCAGGUAAAAAUGAGAUUAACAACAAUAAUCAGUUUAUUUUAAAAUAAUUUAUUUAAAUGAUUUAUUUUGAAAAUAAGAUUGAUAAAUGAUAAAUAAAAAACCUAGUUUAUAUUGAGAAGGUUUGCUGCCAAAUUCUACUUUGAGUUGACAUGUAUUUUUAUAUAUUACAAAAAAAUAUAUAACAAAGUCAGAUAUGUGUAAGCUCGUUAUAUUUCAACCAAUUUAAAGAAAAUUUUGUGGGACAUUUAU